CUUGCAAAACAUCUAUAAUAAAUAGCAGUUUACUAAAGUUUGAAAAUUUGCCAAUGAUUAAAUACUGAUUUGCAUAAAAUAUGCUGUUAAACCUCUUUUAAUAAAAUUCCAACUUAUUAACAUCAAAGCUAAAAUAAUAAUUCAAAGCUCAAAUCAAUAAACAUGACGAAAAAUCAUUAGAAAUCUGAGGCUAUUUUUUCAGGAAUUGUAUGUAUUUGUUGGACUACAUAUUUUUAAAAAGAAACAAUACGGUAAAGGAAAAUUUUGUAUGCGGAAACGUUUAAUUACAUUAAACUCAACAAAUAUUAAUAAAGGAUUAAAUUACAAAUGUACUAAAUUAAUUCUCUUAAUGGUACUUUACCUCAUUAAAAAGCUUUAAGAAAUUGGUUAGGUAGCUAUUGGUAGGUAAGCAAUAAGAAGUAAUACUUGUAUUUAACUACUGUAAUAAUGCAGAAAAUACUCGGUUUUGCAAUGUCAAAAAACUAUCCGAUUGCUACAAAGUAUUUCUUAAUCGCUAUUUUAAUACACAACAUCAGAACUAUCUAGCUGUGAAAUGAAUCUAAAAUUUCUAUUCUCUUGUUAGGCGUCUUUUAUUCAAUCUAUCUAUUGCUAAAUUUUCAAGAAGAACUUGACGUUGCGCAUCGGGGAAACAAUGACGACUAAAUUUUUCCCUAGAGUCCUUUAGUUUAGUCCUUUAGACAUUUUUUACACUAUCUACAGAACUUUAUCGCAAUAGUUUUGAAGUUGUAUGCUAAAGCAAUAAUAAUAGACACCAAUUUUCGCUUUUUAUCAAUAGAUUUCAAUUUCAUACGCACUUUAUUUCCGCUGUUUCAAAAACGCCAUGACGUAGCAACGGUCAAUACGUAACUUCAAAUCUUCCAUGUAGGCUGCAAUUGCAGCUCGAUGGCGAAGACGUCAUGGAGGAACAACGCCAUUGAUGUGAAGCUACAAACGUUUACAACUGUGGAGAUUAUGAAUGAAAAUGCCCACUAACCAAUGGCCAUGAUUAGAAUCCGCGUGCCACUGGUGAGACCCCUGGUGCGUUGCACCUUCAAACGCAUCCUCCGUAUUCUGCCUUCAAUCCUGCUGCUGCUCUUUGUGUUCUCCCUCAUUUUCGUAACUCUGAUGCAGAUAGCCGUCAUCCACUCCCACAGACGUACGCACUACGUCCCAGGGAGGCACGAUGGACUAAAUGCCACCUUGUUUCCACCAACCGGACAUACCAUCCUGGGGAUGCCCAGCUUACAGAUACCGAGCAGUGCCACCAAGACAGUUCCGCACAAGAAGCCCGAUACUUUGAGGGUGGAAGCCUUUCUAGACAAGGCUGCUCCAACCCUCGAAGCCAAUGUAGUUAUCUUUAAAAAUAUGAUCGGCUGCGUUCGGGUGCGACGCAUCGUGGACUUACUGGGGAGCGGGAUAGCGUCCCCCAGAAACAAAGUGCAUAUUGUGCCCAAAUGGACGAAUGAAGUUCGGUUAAGGAUUGCUAACAAAAGUGUGCACAAUUCAAGUUGUUGUUCCUUGGAUUCUAAACAUUUUCAUAGGCCUUCAUGCCCCUUGCAGCCUCCCUUGGUGGGUCGACUCUUCACCAGUCCGGCCUCCCACAACCAGUCGGAGGUUGAGGCACUGCUGCUGCGAAGCUCCUACAUGCGCGGCAGGGGCUCUUGGACGCCCAAAGCGUGCGCCCCGCGCCACAGAGUGGCCAUCAUCAUCCCUUAUAGGGACCGCCUAGAGCACCUGUGGACUCUCCUCUACACCCUGCACCCCCUCCUACAGAGACAGCUGGUCGAGUACAGAAUAUAUGUGGUCGAGCAGUUCGGCAACGACACGUUCAACAAGGGCGUGCUGAUGAACGCUGGCGUUCGUGAGGCUCUCCGCGAUUCGGACUUCCAGUGCUUCGUCUUCCACGACGUCGACAUGAUCCCGGAAGACGAUCGGAACGUCUACUCCUGUCCGCCCAUGCCCCGACACCUCUCCGUCGCAGUCGACAAGUUCAACUACACGUUGCCCUAUUCCUUGCUUGUCGGAGGUGUCUUUUCCAUUAAGUUGGAGCAUUUUCUGGCGGUGAACGGAUAUUCCAACCUUUAUUGGGGAUGGGGUGGCGAAGAUGACGACAUGGGAUACAGGAUAAAAUACAGAAAAUUGGAAAUUAUUCGACCGCCUGAAAUGUUAGGAAGGUACACCAUGAUCAAGCACGAGCACAGGCCAGAAUCUCCAAAUGCUAUCAGGUCCGCUCUUCUGCGCAUGGCGAAGAAGAGGUCGUCGCGGGAUGGGCUCAACACCGUCAAGUACCGGGUGGUGUGGCGGCACGAUCUGGUGGCCUACACGCACCUUAUGAUCGACAUCGGAAAUCACCACAGGUGGCACUUUUUAAACGGACAACGACUUGUAAUAAAUUUUUGAAGCUUCA